ACCCAACUCAGACAAAAGCAUUUCCGUGAGGGGGAGGGAUACAAGGAUACAAGUAUGGGGUAAAACACCUGCAUAAAUGCAUACUGCCAUAUACCCCGAUGGAUGCAUACCCGAGCUGCGCACAGCUGUGCAGCCGAAGAUUUUCCAUCCGUCGCCAGAAUCGCCUUUUGCACCGAAUCCACGAAGGGCCCUGUCGACAACCUCAAGCCGCCACCCCCCUGACCCUCACCCCCGCUGCGAAGGCUCAACCUUCAGGGACACAUCAAGCACACAAAGACGAUUCACCGAGAGGUCUUUGUAAUUCCCACCAUGGCUGACGCUGCUGAGGAGACCCACCACGUGUCGGAGCCCCUCGAUCUCGUGAGGCUCCUGCUCAACGAGGUGGUGUUUGUCAAGCUGCGAGGAGAUCGCGAGCUCAAGGGCAAGCUGCACGCCUAUGACAGCCAUUGCAACCUGGUGCUGGGCGAGGUUGAGGAGACUAUCUACACUGUGGAUGAGGACGACGAGGAUGAAGAGGUCAAGACCAUUAGCCGGAAAUCUGAGAUGUUGUUUGUGAGAGGCGAUAGCGUUGUUCUCAUUUCCCCUCAGGUUCCCUUUUAGAGUAUCAGAGAAAUGAUACCACGGCAUCAUACGUCGAAUUUCCCCCGCGAGGCGGUCCCUGGACUGAGUGUAUUGCAUGACCCAGGUGCGGGGCUCUCUGCCAGCACAUAUGCCGACGGGCAUGAGAGUCACUGACCGAGUUCAUAAGAACGAGUUGGAUUCAGCUCGUCAGGUGAAGGACUCAUCAUUCAUAUCCUAUCCACGCCUAAGAGCGUCAUGGGAUGCAGCUAGAAGGUGGAGAUGGUUGGACGACGCGCAUGUGAUCUCCCAGUUGAUAUCUUCGGGAAGUUUCUCCGCGCAUACAUAGUCAAAAAACCACGACUGCAAGGCCAGCUCUAUUGGAUACCUA